AUGCAAGCCUUUUGGGUGUCCUUGAAGGAUAAUGUCAAGUGUGGAAACAAGCUCACAGAUGUAAUCAAGCAGCCAGCAAAAAGCAGCAAAGGAAACAGAUACAUUUCAGAAAAGGAGAAGAGAAUGAAUGAAGAUGAAGAUUGUAGAAAUCCUCUAUUGGAAACUCCAGUUAGCUUAGUAGUUUCCAAGCCAAGCAACACUCAUGCACAGCUUUAUGAGCUCGGUAUUGGAGAGCCAUCAAGAAAAAUUGUUGAGAUGAUAUUUCAGAAAGCUUGGAUGAACACCUCCAAACCACUGAGGAAGGUUAGAACAGUACUCAGAGUGAGGUACUCAGCAGGAGUGAUUGAAAGGUUUGAGAAGUACAGAGAAAAGGUGAAGAAGAACGCGUGUGAGCAAUAUCCAUGGCAUCCAAGGAGCACAGUGGAUGGAAAUGAAUUGUUGCGGUUCUAUGUCACUACAAUGAGAUGUUUCCAAGGGAAACCUGCAAAGAAAGUUUAUGAUCUUUGUAAAGAUCCAUUUUGUUGUCUUUGCCAAAUAGUUCAAUUCAAGUUCAACACAGAACAUGCCGGGAAUCAAUUGAAUACAAGUGACAAAGAGUUGAGUAGCAGAACAAGUGCUCUUGCAAGAGUGAGAAGUGUGAAAAGAGUUGCUAUAGUUUGCAGGAUAAUUGCUGGAACUGCAGGGAAUGAAGUUGAGGGUGAAUGUGUAGGGUCAGACUCAACUAGGCUAGGAGAAAUGCAAUUUAGCUUGGAAAAUUUUGUAGUAAAAAAUCCCAGUUCUAUUCUUCCUUGUUUUGUUAUCAUGUUCAGCUGA